UAAAUUGUUUCAGGAAAAAAAUGGAAAAGAGAAAAUUCGGAGGGACCUCUCUUCGAUUGACGCUUUGAACGAUCCGAGACCGCAAGUUCAGUUAUAUCAUAUGGAAGAAAAUGGAGGAGGCAGAGCAAUUCAUUCGAUCACUGAUAACCGACAACGGCACAAUUCUCAAUCCAUCUGUGAGUUUUCUCUGCAAUUUCGAGUGCGAUACCAUCGAGGGAGAUGGAGAAUCGAACCCACGAAGACACGACGAUGAAAGUUUCGUCCUUGAAUUGCAUCGAUCUCUCGAACCCUGAUCUUCGUCAAUCAGUUGAUUCCCUCAAACAGGCAUGUUUGGAUUGUGGAUUCUUCUAUGUGAUCAAUCAUGGAAUAAGUCAGGAGUUCAUGGAUGAGGUUUUCGAGCAGAGUAAGAAGUUCUUUGCUCUUCCACUGGAGGAGAAGAUGAAAGUCUUGAGAAACGAAAAGCACAGAGGCUAUACACCUGUUCUUGAUGAGAUUCUUGAUCCUGAUAAUCAAGUUCGUGGUGAUUACAAAGAAGGGUAUUACAUAGGUAUUGAAGUGCCCGAAGAUGAUCCCGAUUCAGACAAGCCGUUCUAUGGCGCGAAUCCUUGGCCUAGUAAUGAUAUAUUGCCCCGUUGGCGCGAGAUAAUGGAGAUAUACCAUCAAGAAGCAUUAAAGGUUUCGAUGGCUGUCGCAAGACUGUUAGCCUUGGCACUGAACUUGGAUGCGGACUACUUCGAUAGGCCCGAAAUGCUCGGGAAGCCUAUUGCAACGAUGCGUUUGCUACACUAUGAAGGUAAGUCGGAUCCCUCGAAAGGAAUAUAUGCAUGUGGAGCACAUUCUGAUUAUGGAAUGAUCACUCUCUUGGCAACCGAUGGUGUCACGGGACUCCAGAUAUGCAAGGAUAAGAACGCGAAGCCUCAGAGGUGGGAUUACGUACCGCCGAUAAAAGGAGCGUUUAUAGUGAACCUCGGCGAUAUGCUGGAGCGUUGGAGCAAUGGCUAUUUCAAAUCAACCUUGCACCGGGUCAUUGGGAACGGUGAAGAACGAUAUUCUAUUCCGUUCUUUGUGGAACCGAAUCAUAACUGUCUUGUGGAGUGUCUUCCCACUUGCGAGUCCGACACUAGCCUCCCCAAACGGUGGAAAAAAAGAAAACAGAACCAUGCGCCUUUGCAGCGUCGCAAUCCUUGCAAUGUAAGGGUGGGCACUGGCACCCGAAUUUUCGAUUUCCCAACUAGUCGGAUAUUCGAAAUUCGGGUACUCCAUCGACAGGACGAGUACGGGUCCGAAGAUGGCGAGAACCCGAUCUUUGGGUUCUAACUGGGAUCCACGGCGGUAUCCGAACCGUGUGAGGGGGCGAGUUUCCAGAGAUACACCGAAUAUUUAGAACAUCUAACGGAUGUCUGAAAUUCGGGUAUCUGAUUGGAACGGAUUCUGAAACUAACUACAGAUGUUUCUUCGUUGUGUUUUUCCUUGACGUAUAGGUUUCCACCGAUCAAAUGCUCGACGUACCUUAGCCAACGAUACAGGGAGACGCACGCUGACCUGAGCAUCUACAAGCACCACACUUGACUUUGU